CUAAACGUCAAUAUGGAGCCCCCAAAGAGUCGAUUUCCCUAGCCGAAGGCAUGCCGAACGAAGUGACCUUUCCCUUCCAAGCAAUCAACAUCCUGAUGAAGGACGGCUCCACUCUUAGCCUGCAAGGGCAACAACUCAACUCCGCGCUGCAGUACAUCCCCACGCAAGGCUACCCUCCUCUGCUGAAGAAACUGAAGGACUUCACCCAGCAGAUCCAUAAUCCCCCCAACUGGCAGGACCGGGACCUGAUCAUGACCAACGGCUCUCAGGAUGGCAUCAGCAAAACCUUGGAAAUGGUUGUGGAAGAAGGCGAUUCGGUGCUGGUUCAGAACCCUUUGUAUACCGGCACUGAGAUUGUGCUGAAGCCGUUCAAGCCCAACCUCAUCGGCAUCGAUCAGGACGAGUUCGGGAUUAUUCCUUCGAAACUGAUCGACGCCUUGGAGAACUGUAAAGCCUACACGGAGGAAGGCGGAGGGAAACGAAUGCCAAAGGCCAUCUACCUCAAUCCGACCGGUUCGAACCCGACAGGCAUUACAAUGUCCUUAGAGCGGAGGCAGGAAAUCUAUGCGAUUUGCUGCAAAUACAACAUCCUGAUCCUGGAAGAUGACGCCUACUGCUUCCUACACUUCCAAGAGGAGGAGCCCGUCUCCUUCCUGUCCCUGGACGUGGAAGGGCGAGUGAUCAGGUUCGACUCCAUGUCGAAGGUUUUGUCCUCUGGGCUGCGCCUCGCUUGGUUAACCGGCCCCAAACAAUUGGUCAGCAACAUUGAGCUGCAUAUUCAGAGCGACAUGCUGCAUUCCAGCACUUUGUCUCAG